AUGUCAAACAACAGUAUCAAGGUCGUGGCCCGGUUCCGGCCUCAGAACCGGGUGGAAAUCGAGUCGGGCGGCAAGCCCAUCGUCACCUUCACCUCGGACGACACCUGUACUCUUGAUUCCAAAGAGGCACAGGGCUCCUUUACCUUUGACCGAAUCUUUGACAUGUCAUGUAAACAACAAGACAUCUUCGACUACUCCAUUCGCCCCACCGUCGACGACAUUCUCAAUGGCUACAACGGUACCGUCUUUGCCUAUGGCCAGACCGGUGCUGGUAAAUCAUACACCAUGAUGGGAAGCAACAUCGAUGACCCCGAGCAGAGGGGUGUUAUUCCGCGCAUUGUCGAGCAAAUCUUUGCCAGCAUCAUGUCUAGCCCCAGCACCAUCGAGUACACCGUCCGAGUCAGCUACAUGGAGAUUUACAUGGAGAAGAUUCGUGAUCUGCUGGCUCCCCAGAAUGACAACCUCCCUAUUCACGAGGAGAAGAACCGUGGUAUCUACGUCAAGGGCCUCUUGGAAAUCUACGUCUCCAGCGUCCAGGAGGUGUAUGAGGUGAUGAGAAGAGGAGGAAGUGCCCGAAUGGUCUCUGCCACCAACAUGAACGCAGAGUCUUCGCGAUCCCACUCCAUCUUCGUUGUCACCAUCACCCAGAAGAACGUCGAGUCCGGUUCGGCCAAGAGCGGUCAGCUGUUCUUGGUCGAUUUGGCCGGUAGUGAAAAGGUUGGCAAGACUGGCGCCAGCGGUCAGACGCUUGAGGAAGCCAAAAAGAUCAACAAAAGUUUGAGUGCUUUGGGCAUGGUCAUCAACGCCCUGACCGACGGCAAAUCCCACUAUGUUCCCUACCGAGACUCCAAGUUGACCCGUAUCCUGCAAGAAUCCCUGGGUGGUAACAGUCGAACCACGCUCAUCAUCAACUGCUCUCCUAGUAGUUACAAUGACGCUGAAACCCUGGGAACGCUGAGGUUCGGUACCAGAGCAAAAUCCAUUAAAAACAAGGCCAAGGUCAACGCCGAGCUCAGCCCUGCCGAGCUCAAGGCCCUGCUCAAGAAGGCCCAGGGCCAAGUUACCAACUUCGAAUCCUAUAUUUCAAACCUCGAGGGCGAAGUUCAGCUGUGGCGAGCUGGAGAGGCCGUGCCCAAAGACAAGUGGGUUCAGCCUAUUGCCGACGGAGUUUCCGCAGCCAAGGCUGAGGCAAGAGCACCGCGACCGUCGACUCCCUCGCGGCUCACAGAGAGUCGCUCCGAGACUCCUACUGCCUCUGACCGCGCUGGUACUCCUAGCAUAACACUGGAGAAGGAUGAGCGGGAAGAGUUCCUACGCCGUGAAAAUGAGCUGCAGGAUCAGAUUACAGAGAAAGAAUCGCAAGCUGCGACCGCCGAGAAGCAGCUUCGCGAGACCAAGGAGGAGCUCUCCUACUUGAAAGAACACGACAGCAAAAUGGGCAAGGAGAAUGAGAAGCUCUUAACAGAAGUUAACGAAUUCAAGAUGCAACUAGAAAGACUAAAUUUCGAGGGCAAAGAGGCCCUCAUCACCAUGGACGCUCUCAAGGAAGCCAACUCAGAGCUCACUGCUGAGUUGGAUGACAUGAAGCAGCAGCUGCUUGACGCUAAAAUGACCGCCAAGGAAACGGGCGCAGCCCUUGAUGAGAAGGAAAAGAAGAAGGCAGAGAAGAUGGCCAAGAUGAUGGCCGGCUUCGAGCUCGGAACUGAUGUGUUCAGCGACAACGAGAAGUCCAUUGCCGAGACUAUCAAGCACAUUGAUGCCCUGCUCGAACAGAGCACAAUUGGCGACCACAUCGCGCCAGACGAGUUUAAGGCCCUCCGAGCAAAGAUGGUCGAAACGCAAGGCAUCGUGAGGCAGGCAGAGCUGUCCAUGUACAGCGGAUCAUCCAACGACUUGGAUGCCCGACGGAGACAGGAGCUCGAGGCCAGACUAGAGGCUUUGCAGCAAGAAUACGAGGAGGUGUUGACGCGCGGUCUUGGUGAAGCCGAUGUCGAGGAGGUCAAGGCACGGCUGGAGGCUGCCUAUGCCAAGCGCGAGAAAUCUGAGGCGCAACUCGUCGAGGAGCUUAAGGCGGACCUCGCCCAGAAGGCAUCAGAGAACGCACGGAUGAAGACGCUCAUUGAGGAGCUUCAGCAGCGCGUCAAGACCAGUGGCACCGCUUCCACGGCCAACGGCAAGACUGUCCAACAGCAGAUUGCAGAGUUUGACGUGAUGAAGAAGAGUCUCAUGCGAGACUUGCAGAACCGCUGCGAGCGUGUCGUCGAGCUGGAAAUUUCCCUCGACGAGACCCGCGAGCAGUACAACAACGUGCUGCGAUCGUCCAACAACCGGGCUCAGCAGAAGAAGAUGGCCUUUUUGGAGCGGAAUCUGGAGCAGCUUACCCAGGUUCAGCGCCAGCUGGUUGAGCAGAAUUCCUCUUUGAAGAAGGAGGUUGCCAUCGCAGAGCGCAAGCUCAUUGCGAGAAACGAGCGCAUCCAGAGCCUGGAGAGCCUGCUGCAAGACAGCCAGGAGAAGAUGGCGACGGCCAAUCACAAGUUCGAGGUCCAGCUUGCUUCCGUCAAGGAGCGCCUUGAGGCUGCCAAAGCUGGCAGCACCCGCGGCCUCGGCGGUGCCGGCGGCGGCUUCAGCUUCACCAAUGCUGGCAGCCGCAUCGCCAAGCCUCUCCGUGGCGGCGGCGGCGAUGCUCCUGCGACUCCCACGAUCCAAGGUGGUGACGGGACUCCCACCGGCAAGCGCGGUAGUUGGUUCUUCAAUAAGUCGUAG